UGGGGGAUGGUCUCCAUCAGACAGUGACCAUUAUCAAUGGCUUCAGGUUGACUUUGGCAAUCGAAAGCAGAUCAGUGCCAUAGCAACUCAAGGAAGAUACAGCAGCUCAGACUGGGUGACCCAAUACCGCAUGCUCUACAGCGACACAGGGAGAAAUUGGAAACCCUACCAUCAAGAUGGGAAUAUCUGGGCGUUUCCUGGGAAUGUCAACUCCGAUAGCGUGGUUCGGCAUGAUUUACAGCAUCCAGUAAUCGCCCGCUAUGUGCGCAUCGUGCCUCUGGAUUGGAACGGAGAAGGCCGCAUUGGGCUCAGAAUUGAGGUCUAUGGCUGUUCUUACUGGGCUGAUGUUAUCAACUUUGACGGUCAUGUUGUGUUACCAUAUAGAUUCAGAAACAAGAAGAUGAAAACACUGAAAGAUGUCAUUGCUUUGAAAUUUAAAACCUCCGAAAGUGAAGGGGUAAUCUUGCACGGGGAAGGACAGCAAGGGGAUUAUAUUACUUUGGAACUGAAAAAAGCCAAGCUGGUCUUCAGUUUAAACCUAGGAAGCAACCAGCUUGGCCCCAUAUAUGGCCACACGUCUGUGAUGACAGGAAGUCUGCUGGAUGAUCACCACUGGCACUCUGUGGUCAUUGAGCGCCAGGGCCGGAGCAUCAACCUCACCCUGGACAGAAGCACGCAGCACUUCCGCACCAAUGGGGAGUUCGACUACCUGGAUUUGGACUAUGAGAUAACCUUUGGAGGCAUACCUUUCUCUGGUAAGCCAAGUUCCAGCAGUAGAAAGAAUUUCAAAGGCUGCAUGGAAAACAUUAACUACAAUGGCAUCAACAUAACUGAUCUCGCAAGAAGGAAGAAACUAGAACCCUCAAAUGUGGGAAAUUUGAGUUUCACGUGUGUGGAGCCCUACACGGUACCUGUCUUUUUCAAUGCUACCAGUUACCUGGAGGUGCCUGGACAGCUUCAUCAAGACCUGUUUUCGGUUAGUUUCCAGUUCAGGACUUGGAACCCCAAUGGUCUCCUGCUUUUCAGUCAUUUUGCGGAUAAUUUGGGCAACGUGGAGAUUGACCUCACUGACAGCAAAGUCAGCGUUCACAUCAACAUCACGCAGACCAAGAUGAGCCAGAUAGAUAUUUCCUCAGGUUCUGGGUUGAAUGACGGCCAGUGGCAUGAAGUCCGUUUCCUAGCUAAGGAGAAUUUUGUUAUUCUCACUAUCGAUGGAGAUGAAGCCUCAGCAGUGCGAACUAACAGUCCUCUUCAAGUUAAAACUGGCGAGAAGUACUUUUUUGGAGGUUAUCUGAACCAGAUGAAUAACUCAAGUCACUCUGUCCUUCAGCCUUCAUUCCAAGGAUGCAUGCAGCUCAUUCAAGUGGAUGAUCAACUUGUAAAUUUAUACGAAGUGGCACAAAGGAGGCCAGGAAGUUUUGCAAAUGUCAGCAUUGAUAUGUGUGCCAUCAUAGACAGAUGUGUGCCCAAUCACUGUGAGCAUGGUGGGAAGUGCUCGCAAACGUGGGACAGCUUCAUAUGCACUUGUGAUGAGACGGGAUACAGUGGGGCCACCUGCCACAACUCCAUCUAUGAGCCUUCCUGUGAAGCCUACAAACACCUAGGACAGACAUCAAAUUACUACUGGAUAGAUCCUGAUGGCAGUGGACCUCUGGGGCCUCUGAAAGUUUACUGCAACAUGACAGAGGACAAAGUAUGGACCAUAGUGUCUCAUGAUUUGCAGAUGCAGACGACGGUGGUGGGCUACAACCCAGAAAAAUACUCGGUGACACAGCUCAUUUACAGCGCCUCCAUGGACCAGAUCAGCGCCAUCACCAACAGCGCGGAGUAUUGUGAGCAGUACAUCUCCUAUUUCUGCAAGAUGUCCAGGUUGUUGAACACCCCAGAUGGAAGCCCUUACACCUGGUGGGUGGGCAAAGCCAACGAGAAGCACUACUACUGGGGCGGCUCCGGGCCUGGAAUUCAGAAAUGUGCCUGCGGCAUCGAGCGCAACUGCACGGACCCCAAAUACUACUGCAACUGUGACGCGGAUUACAAGCAGUGGAGGAAGGACGCUGGCUUCUUAUCCUACAAAGAUCACCUGCCAGUAAGCCAGGUGGUGGUUGGAGAUACUGACCGGCAAGGCUCGGAAGCCAAACUGAGUGUGGGUCCCCUGCGCUGCCAAGGAGACAGGAAUUACUGGAAUGCUGCCUCUUUCCCAAACCCAUCAUCCUACCUGCACUUCUCUACUUUCCAAGGGGAAACCAGUGCGGACAUCUCUUUCUACUUCAAAACAUUAAUCCCGCGGGGAGUGUUUCUUGAAAAUCUGGGGAACACAGAUUUUAUCAAACUCGAACUGAAAUCUGCCACGGAAGUGUCCUUUUCAUUUGAUGUCGGAAACGGGCCAGUGGAGAUUGUGGUGAGGUCACCCUCCCCUCUGAACGAUGACCAGUGGCACCGGGUCACCGGGGAGAGGAAUGUCAAGCAGGCCAGCCUGCAGGUGGACAGGCUGCCCCAGCAGACCCGCAAGGCCCCAACGGAAGGCCACACCCGCCUGGAGCUCUACAGCCAGCUGUUUGUCGGUGGUGCCGGGGGCCAGCAGGGCUUUCUGGGCUGCAUCCGCUCCCUGAGGAUGAAUGGGGUGACACUGGACCUGGAAGAAAGAGCAAAGGUCACAUCCGGGUUCAAAUCCGGGUGCUCGGGCCACUGCACCAGCUACGGGGCGAACUGUGAGAAUGGAGGCAAAUGCAUAGAGAAAUACCAUGGGUAUUCCUGCGAUUGCUCCAACACAGCCUAUGAUGGAACAUUUUGCAACAAAGACGUGGGUGCAUUUUUUGAAGAGGGGAUGUGGCUGCGGUAUAACUUCCAGGCGCCUGGGUCUGGUGCUAAGGGAUCGGGCAGCAGGUCGGAGAACUCCCUGGACCCGCAGAAUGGGGCCCCGGACCUGGCCCGUGAGGAGAUCUGCUUCAGCUUCAGCACCACCAAGGCACCCUGUAUCCUCCUCUACGUCAGCUCUUUCACCACCGACUUCCUGGCAGUUCUCGUCAAACCCACAGGAAGCUUACAGAUCCGGUACAGCCUGGGUGGCACCAGGGAGCCAUAUAAUAUUGACGUGGACCACAGGAGCAUGGCCAAUGGGCAGCCCCACAGUGUUAAUGUCACCCGUCACGAGAGGACCAUUACUCUCAAGCUGGAUCAUUAUCCUUCUGUGAGUUACCAUCUGCCAAGUUCAUCUGACACUCUGUUCAAUUCUCCCAAGUCGCUCUUUCUAGGAAAAGUUAUAGGCAAGACCUGUGAUUAUUACCCUCAUUUUACAGAGGACGAUACUAAAGCUGAGCGUGGUCAGUAUGCCAAAGUUGCUCAACUAGUAUGUG